AUGACCGAAGCAGCCCCAUACCAAUCCGACGAGAAGCUCGGCGCCAACCUCCCGCGCGAGGCACCGCCCGGCCAAGUCAACGACCCCUCUUACAAGACAGGUGGCACCGAGGCCGUCCCCGUCGUGGACGACGACGCGCCCGUGGCGGACCCCAUGCAACCGGGCCGGGCGGACUCUGAUAAGCAGCUUGAGCAGGAUGAGCGCGAGGCGAUCGAUAAGGGCAAUAUCAUGAAGGAUAGGACGCGCAAGGCCAAGCCGCCGGGUACGUAUGCGGAGCCGUCGGAUGAGCAGAUGAUGGGCAUGAAGAAGUGA